CCUGCGCAGCCUUUGCCCACCAACUAUUUGUUUCUAUACCACCUAUACACAUCAUUGAUUCAGGCCAGGGUAAAGUCCAACCUCUCUGAUGAUUCCUAAGAAGGACGUGUUGUACUGAGGCAACCAACCAUGGGAUAACCUAUAUUGGUGUCAAUACUUUUCAGUCCAUCGUGUUAUAUGUUUUACUAUUUAAUAUGGUUAGGGCACGGGUGACCCAGUGUGGCUGUUGGCCUCUCUCUCUAUCAUCUUCUCUUCCUCAGUACACGAGUCUGGUCACCAAAAUCUUAUGGCCCUUCACUCCUAUCCCUCCUUGCACUGCACUGAUGGAGGAUGAGAGAAGUUGGUUCCGUACCGGAAACAAAUCCAGUCUCGCAUGAAUUGGAGGACGAAGAAAGGGAUGUUGCAGUGAGUUUCAAAGCGAGAAGCUGCCUGUGGUAUAUGGUUUGAUGAAAACCGGCCAAGGAAACCAAUUAAGAUGCUUAAGAACUCAGGAUGUGUUCAGACUGUCAUGCAACUAUCAAGUUCGUGUCAUGUUACCUGAAACUGGAACGCACAUUCCACAAUCUCAAGCAAUGGCUAUGUUCAUAUGGAGAUUACUAGUGAAAAUGCUCACUAGAACAAGAAGAGAAUUUGUGUCGAAGUUGAAAUCAAGUUAAGAAUUCCGGCCACAUCGGUGAGAAUUGAUCUCAUCGGAGCUACUUUCCAUGAACCUCAAAAAUAGAAUCAUGCUAAACCAAUUUUCCUGGUUCUGGGGUGACUGGAAACUUGGCGGCGCAGUUACCUGAAGAAAACAAGGGACAUGCUCCUUAUCCUGGUCAUUUGGCAAGUAUAUUGGCUUUAAUGGAUCCGAUUUCCAGAGCCUACUCCUUAGCGCACCGAUCCCUAGUUAGGGCUGGCCCUCACCUAAAACAUCUGUACCAAGUCCAUGCACACAUGGUUGUUACUGGUCAGCACAGGAGCACCACACUGCUUACCAAGCUGCUCACGCUUAGCUGCAUGGCGGGCUGCACCUCAGCCUAUGCCCAUCAACUCUUUGUUUCUGUACCCUGCAAGGAUGCAUUUCUAUAUACAACAGUUAUUCGCGCCAUGGCAAAGUCCAACCUCCCUGAGGAUGCCCUUCAUUCCUACUCCCUCAUGCUCGGCUCUGGAUUGGCACCCUCCUCUUUCACUUUGACGGCCUCCAUCAAGGCUUGUGCAGAUCUGGCCAUGCUCUUUGUUGGUCGUGCUGUUCAUUCUCAUGCUGUGACACGGGGUUUUAGAUCAGAUAGGUUUGUUCAGGCUGCUUUGGUUGCAAUGUAUGGUAAAUGCGGUGAUCUCAUAACAGCGAGACAAGUGUUUGAUGAAAUGCCUGAGAAAAGUGUGAUUGCUUGGAAUGCGAUGAUUGCUGGAUAUGAGCAAAACGGGCUUGCUGCAGAGGCUGUUGUCAUCUACGAUAACAUGGAACAAGCCAGAGUGGAGCCCGACCCAGCCACCAUGGUUAGUGUGCUCUCUGCAUGCUCUCAACUGGGUGCUUUGGAUCUGGGGGAGCGGUUGCAUGAUCUCAUCUUGAAGAAAGGAAUUGCGAUCAGCCUGACCCUGGGCACUGCGUUGAUUGACAUGUAUGCACGGUGUGGCCGUGUUCACAAGGCACGGGCAGUGUUUGAUAAAAUGCAGCAAAAAAAUGUGGUUGCCUGGACGGCCAUGAUUGCAGGGUAUGGAAUGCAUGGCUUUGGACUGGAAGCUGUACAGGUGUUCAGCGAGAUGAGGAUUUCAGAAACAAGGCCAAAUGAUGUAACAUUCAUUGCUGUGUUGUCUGCGUGUGCCCAUGCGGGGUUGGUAAGCCAUGGCCUGGAUGCAUUUAAAUGCAUGCAAAAGGAUUACUACUUGAAACCAAGAGCUGAGCAUCAGGUUUGCAUGGUUGACAUGCUUGGCCGAGCUGGGCAUCUGGAAGAAGCAGUACAGUUCAUUAAUACAGACAUACAAGGUGAAGUGCCAGCCGCAGUGUGGACAGCAAUGCUUGGUGCAUGCAAGAUGCACAACAAGCUUGAACUAGGUGAAGAAGUUGCUGAGCAUCUUCUCCAGGCAGAGCCCAAUAAUUCUGGACAUUAUGUGCUGCUAUCCAACUUGUAUGCAGCAGCAGGAAGAACGGACAAGGUGGAGAUUGUGAGAAGUAUGAUGAAAAGCAGAGGACUAAAGAAGCAACCAGGAUACAGCUUAAUUGAAAUUGGCAACCAAGCGCAUCUGUUCUGCAUGGGAGACAGGAUACACCCAGAAACCAUGGAGAUACAUGCAGAGAUGGAGGUGUUGAUGUGGAAGUUGAGAGAAGUAGGUUAUAUACCGGAAACAGAUUCAGUCUUGCAUGAAUUGGAGGAAGAAGAAAGGGAAGUUGCAGUAAUGUUUCACAGUGAGAAGCUGGCUGUGGUAUACGGUUUGAUGAAGACCAGUCAUGAAAAACCAAUUAGGAUACUUAAGAACCUCAGAAUGUGCUCAGAUUGUCAUACAGCCAUGAAGUUUGUAUCAGUGAUAUCUGAAAGAGAAAUAACUAUAAGAGAUAAGCACAGGUUCCACCAUUUCAAGCAAGGACUAUGUUCAUGUAGAGACUAUUGGUGAAAAUGUUCACUAGAAACAGAAGUGAAUCUGUGUUGAGAUUGAAAUCAAUUUAAGAUUUCCAGCAACUCAAUAUAGCCGGUGUUUCAACUUCUGGACAUUCGUUGUGGGAAAAUUGAAGAUAAUGUAGGCAUCAGGAAAAAUCCAGCGAAAUUUUCUAGGAAAGCAGAAAAAGAUCCUCACGUCUCUAGAAAUACAAGUUAGAAUCAACAGGUGAAUAAACUGAUGAAUGAUGACUGGUACACUCUUACUGCAAAUUUUAAAUACAACCAUGGAAUAGUACUGACCAACCAUAAGUGGUUUGGUGGACAUUCACCCUGGAUGCCCUCAUGCUAUUUGUUCAAUUCCCCUUAGGUUCAGAAUGAACCAUGGGGGAUAUGAAGCAUUAGUUUGGAGCAGUCGAAUCUUGAUCUUGGUUGAUCUUGGUCAUCUGGAAAAAGAGCAAGCAGCAAUUGUCUGAUGAACAAGAUGUGCAAUACGUAUUACUAUUCAUUAACAAUAUUUUUAAUUGUGAGUGAAUGCCAUUCGGGCAAGAGUUUGUUGUCAAAUUUCAAUGGCUUCAUGCACGGUUAAACUCUCCUCAAGGUCUCUUUUAGUGUACGGAUAACCAAAAUAAGUGUCUCAUGAUCUCAAUUUGAUGGGAAAACAGCAGUUUUCAAAGGGCUAGUGUUUUUGCCUUCAUGAACAGGGUUGCUAGGUUUGUCUAUUCGAAGAUCUUUGCUCCUGCAAUAACUUGCAUCAUGCUUUCACACCUGAAGCUGGUCUUUGCUACCUAGGUAAGUUGUUGAGAGUCUCAAGUCUGCUGAUUACAGGAAGUGCGUCACUUUCGAUUUCCGCAUGGAAAGAAGUAGAUUUAUUGAAUUUCCCUUGAACUAUUUCCUCAAGUUCGCAAUCAUCGGAAAUAUGACUAGGAUAGGAAUUGAAGCUGAUGUGAUAGAAGAUGCUGAUGGAACAAUAUGUGCCAUUUGCAGAAACUGUGCAUGUUCCAUAAACGUAAAUUGUAGUAGAAGUCAUGCACCUGUAAUAGAUUUGAAUCUGACUGGUCAUUUGAUAAAAAAAAAAAAAUUUGCCAAACAAGUGAAAAAAAAAGUUGUGAUGGAAUUGUAGAAACAAUCAGGGCUGUUGGUAUCAUGAGAUAUGUGGAGUGAAUACUUUAGAACUGCAUCAAUUAGAUACGAGAGUUUCCU